AUGCUGUGGACAAAAGAAUCGAACAAAAAUAACGCGUUGUAUGUGGAUGCUUUUUCAUUCAAAUCGCUUGGUUCUUUGAACCGUGAAUAUUCUCAGGAGCGAAAGACCGCAAAAAAUAUAUCGUGCGCUAAGAGUGAUACAAUUUCACGUGAAAGGCGAUUGGAUGGAAACCAAUCGUUUGUGAAAGAUGAUUGGUUAUCCGCGUCAGGGCUGUACAAUGACAGUUUAUGUUAUGCUGAACCGGGAUCGGAAAACAUCAGUUUGGCGUAUGCAAAUCGAUCCGCUUGUUUUCUCCACCUAAAAAAGUAUGCACAAUGCCUUGUUGAUAUCGAACUAGCUGAAAGUGCCGGCUAUCCAGCACAUUUGAUGCCGAAACUGCAGAAACGUAAGGCCGAUUGCUUAAAACUUAUCGAAGAAGGAGCACAAGAGCCGGAUGAUCGUUUGAAGCUAAGUUUCGAAGCAGAUAAAAAUUUCCCAUGCAUGGUCAACGUAUUGAAAAUCGAAAAGAAUGCCAAAGGCAAUCUGAUAAUGGUGGCCAAGGAGGACAUCGGAGUUGGCAAAACAAUUGCGGCGGAAAAAUCGUUUGCCACUUGUUUGUACUCAAAAUUCGGAUGGAGGUGCAACAUUUGCAUGAAAGAAGAUGCCAAUUUGAAACCGUGCAACAAAUGCAAUGUGGCAAUGUUCUGUUCAAACGAGUGCCAAGCGAGUCUUAUUCACGAGUAUGAAUGCGGCCAAAGGUUCUGUAGAUCAACUCAAACGAAUGGUGCCAUUAUGAACGAGAUGCGAAUGAUAUUCAAGGCGAUCGAAAUGUUUCCAAACAUCGAUGAGCUCAUGGCAUUCGUUGAGCAAGCCGUUCAAGGCGAUCAAAAGGAAAUUCCACAGGCAUUUUUGGACGAGAAGUCGAAGUACCGCGCAUUCCUUAAACUGCCAGUCAAUCCGACAAAUACGAACAAAGACGAUUUUUGGUUGAUUACAUUCUGCACUUACAGAAUGCUCAUGGAUAUGCCGAAGAUGAACGCGAUGUUCAAGGCCAAGAGGCAUAAUCGCUUUCUCAUACAUCUCAUUAUGCAACAUGUUCAGAUCAUGAGUAAAAAUUCGAUCCGAAUCCGUCUUUGUUCGGUCGAAGCAGCUCCACGAAAACGAACUGACGUAUGCACCCACACAGGAAUGUUGAAGGGUUACUUUGAACACUCGUGUGCUCCUAACGUACUGUGGAUUGAUAAUAACGGUUAUUCGCUGUACAUAACGACACGCCCCGUCAAAAAGGGAGAACAACUGUUUGUCACCAUGUUCGAUUUGCUGUCAAAACCUAAGGCGGAACGUCAGCGCAUCUUGUGGGAACAAGGCAAUUUUCUAUGUGUAUGUUCAUUAUGCACUGGACCAGAAGCCACACCAGAGCAACGUAAACAAUUGCUAUCCGAUCCACUUUAUCGAUCUGGCGGUUUCGAUUGUCUUGAUAAAUGCGCCACAAUUCUGCAGAAACAUGGCCACGGUCCAUUGUGCAAAGAAAUGAAAAACCUAUUGGACGGCUAUUGUAUGCAGUUAAGGUUCAAAUAUACCAAUUCGACGAACAUUCGUGCCUGGGCCGAAAUUGUUAGCGACAGUUUAUCUGAUGAGUAA